GGGGGCUUUGGAGCGGCUCCUGCCCCAGGUGGAGGCAGCCCGCAAGGCCAUCCGCGCCGCUCAGGUGGAGCGUUACGUGCCGGAGCACGAGCGGCGCUGCUGGUGUCUGUGCUGCGGCUGCGAGGUGCGGAAACAUCUGAGCCACGGAAACCUGACGGUGCUGCAUGGGGGGCUGCUGGAGCAUCUGGCCAGCCCAGAGCACAAGAAAGCCACCAACAAAUUCUGGUGGGAGAACAAGGCUGAGGUCCAGAUGAAAGAGAAGUUUCUGAUCUCUCCCCAGGAUUACGCACGAUUUAAAAAAUCCAUGGUGAAAGGUUUGGAUUCCUACGAGGAAAAAGAAGACGAGGUGAUCAAAGAGAUGGCAGCUCAGAUCCGUGAGGUGGAACAGAGCCGGCAGGAGGUGGUUCGAUCUGUCUUAGAGGCAGUGCCAGACCCAGAAGAGGGCUCUUCAGCACCUGGACGCUGGAACGGGACAAACAGCCCAGUAGCCUCCAAGUCCCAGCAGCUCUCAGCCUUGGACCUGCCACCAGCUCCAGACCUUGACUGGACAGAGACAGGACAACCUCUGACAUUCAUUGGCCAUCAGGACAUGCCAGGAGUUGGUAACAUCCAUUCAGGUGCCACACCUCCCUGGAUGGUCCAAGAGGAGGAACACAGCUCUGACAACCAACAAAUAGGACCUUCUUAUGAAGAGUUUCUUAAAGAAAAAGAAAAACAGAAAUUAAAGAAACUCCCCCCAGACCGAGUCGGGGCCAACUUUGAUCAUAGCUCCAGCACCAGUGCAGGCUGGCUGCCCUCUUUUGGCCGUGUCUGGAACAAUGGGCGCCGCUGGCAAUCGAGGCAUCAGUUCAAAUGUGAAGCAACAGCAAGAAACAAACAGUCUCAUAAAGGAAAAAACUAAUGGUUUCUUCCCUGCUAGUCUUCCAACUGCCCUAGGGCUCAAAGCAAAGGCAAUAGACCCAUACCCACAAUCAUUCCUUCCACCAACUUCUCCAUAACUUUUCUUAGGAAAAACACAUACUCAUUCAUUUGGCUUAAUAAAUUUUAUUUUUCCAAAUGUA